GAAAGAAUUAUUAAACCCUUUUGAACAGCUUGGAUGUAUGUCCAGAGAGAAAGCUAGUGUGCUGCUGUAGAGUAUCUGUGUCCCUUAAACUGUUAAAGCUAUAAUGUAUUGCGCCUACCCUGUCCCAGGAAUGGGCAGUAACUCUUUAAUGUAUUACUACAACGGAAAAUCGGUGUACGCACCGUCUCCAAACUCAGAAGACUUCAACCGAGAUUCCCCGUCCUACUCUUCCCCUAAACCCUCCAGCAAUAUGUUCGCAAGCACUUUCUUUGAUGGCACCCACAGUUCGUCUGACCCUUGGAACUCGUCCAAUGGGAUCAGUCAGCCCGGCUACGGGGGAAUGCUCCAUGGAUCUUCCUCUCACAUGCCUCAGUCAGGAAGCUACAGCAGCCUGCACUCACACGACCGCUUGAAUUACCCCGGACACUCAGUCUCUCCAGACGUCAAUGCCAGCCUUCCUCCCAUGUCCAGCUUCCACCGAAGCAACACCAGCACUUCACCAUUCGUCACCGCAGCGCACACCACGUCCGUCAACGAGGUCGAUGGGGUCAUGGCUGCUGCAAAUCGGGGGAACGCCACUGGAAGCUCCCUGACUGGAGAAGCGUUGGGCAAGGCUUUAGCCUCAAUUUACUCUCCUGACCACACCAGCAGUAGUUUCCCAUCCAACCCAUCGACACCUGUGGGUUCUCCUUCACCUCUGACUGCCACAGCAGGUACCAACCAGUGGCCCCAUGCUGGUGGAGAAACCCCCUCUUCUCCAAAUUACGAGACCUCUCUUCACUCACUGUCUCGAAUGGAGGAUCGUCUGGACAGACUGGAUGAUGCAAUCCUUGUUCUAAGGAACCAUGCAGUGGGCUCCACCGCCAGUCUGCCCGGCGACAUACACAGUCUGCUGGGACAGGCACAAAAUGGGCCUAUCGCAGCCCUGGGAGCAAACUUCCCCGCCUCUGCAUUGGUUCAAAGUCGGACAGCAGCGAUGGGAGGUGCCCACGCUGACGACUCUGCCAGCCUGAACAACAGCCAUGGAGGUCUUCCCAGCGCCGGCUCCACAUCCAGCUCAGAUCUUCACCACCAAUUGGAAACCUUCAGAGGUCUCGCUUCAGCCCUGGCCGGCCAUCUGCCUGCUAGCUGCCUGCUGAAGAUGGAGAAGCAGGACAAGGAUGACAUGAAUGAUAACCUCUCUGACGAUGACAAAUCAGAUGAUGAGAGCGACAGAAGAGAUGCGAGGACACCCAGAGCUGGCACCCGCACCAGUUCUUUCUCCCAAAGUAUCACCGAGGACGAGGACCUGAACCCGGAGCAGAAGGCCGAGCGUGAGCGCGAGAGGAGGACGUCUAACAAUGCCCGUGAGCGCCUCAGGGUGCGAGACAUCAACGAGGCCUUCAAGGAGCUGGGUCGCAUGUGCCAGCUGCACCUGAAAAACGAGAAGCCCGUGACUAAACUGCUCAUCCUCCAUCAGGCUGUGACUGUCAUACUUAACCUGGAGCACCAAGUGAGAGAGCGGAAUUUAAACCCCAAAUCAGCCGGCCUUAAGAGAAGGGAGCAGGAGAAAGUGUCCGGGGGCUCCUGUGACCCCCAACAAGCCCAUGCGGGGGUCCAUCCAGGCCUGACUGACACAUCCAACCCCAUGGGCCACCUCUGAGCAGCAGACAGAUCAAGGUGACCCACAUCACUUCUGUCCCGUUUUGAGUCGGCGACCUUGCUCAGUGACAGACAGGACUCACGGUUUGUGACACCAAUCGAAGGAGACAGACCACUUGCAUCAAAUCUACGAGACUGACACAAUCCAAAAAGGUUGAAGACGAGCCAAGCGUCCAGCUCCCGGUGACCAGUUUCCUUCCGCAAAUUUCUCCCCACCUCAAAGAAAAGAUCCUCAGCACAUAUCACCGUCUGCAAGAAGUGUUGUUGCUCCUGACCAAUCAGAGACUUUGCAAUCUCCUCCAACCGAUCGUGGAAAUUGCCCUGUGCCUAAACUGCAUUGACAAAUGCAUUGUAACAGCAACUGUUUUUGUUUGUUUGUUUCUUUUUUUUCUAUUUAUUACAUUAUUGAGCUAUAAAAGGGAACAUCUAAAGGGAAAGUUGAGCAAAGUCAAAGAGAAGUAUGGUGCUUAUCAGUUGAUCUACACUCCAUUAAUACUGAGCACCCCCCCCCCCCCUGGUAAAUAUUUGGCGAGUCUGAGAUGAGGGGGAAAUAUUUGGGCACUGAUAAGAUUAAUUUAUUGGCCGGUUUAGAAGGAUAUCUAUACCCAACUUAAAUUUGUUUUGCUUUUUUGAAUUGAAGACAGAUGCGCCCCAUUUGAAGAAAAAAAAGAGGGUAUUAUUUAUAUUUAUAGUUUAUUCAUUCUGCCACUGGCCACAUGUGUUACCAAAACUACCUAUGAUUGUUUCUGUGUAGUUUAGAUCUUGUUCCUGUGCUGCUGACCAGCAGAAUAUUUGGCCCGAUUACGUAAGCAUCAACAAUAUUCUCUAAAAGGUGACAGGCGGAUGGUAACAUCAAGGUUUACUGACAGCUCAAAUGUAGUUGUGCUCUUUUUCUUUGGUUGUGAACAGUGAAAAUAAAGUGAGCAACUAUUUGCAAACCCUGCAUAUUGUUAGUGCGUUAACCAAAAGAAAGGGCACUUGCAUGACCCGUCUCUUUGCCAUAUAGUGUUGAAUAUAACCAGUGACAUAUUGGAGCGGAUUCUUGUCUUUGUUCAGUUUCAUUUACGUGCUCCUGACGUCAGCACAGAAGGGGCUAGUUUUUGUCAUUUUUCCGCCACCAGCUAAUCAGAGGUUGCAGGAUUAGUAAAAAAAAAGAAAAAGUAAACGACGACGACGACCACACUUUCUCCUGGCCUGAUGAACACGUCAUUUCCUUUUCUUUCUGUUAAUAUUGAAAGACCUUACAGUUCAAAUACAGUAAUUCGGAGUAAAAAUUGAGUUAUGCGGAUUUGUCUUGUAACAAGUCAUGUCUAAAGGCUUCCAGCAUUAUAAUAUCCAGUUUCAGUGGAGAGAUUUUUAUUAUUAUUAUUAUGUUUUCAUCAAACAUACAAUAAACCAGACUAGAUAUAUUUAUGCAUUUCGUUGAAUAUCAUAGAACCGUAGCACAAUAACGAACAAAAACACUUAAUAGGAUUGUCUUUUGUGUUUCAAGACAUCGUUCAUAUCAUUAUUAUUUUUGUUCCUGUCUGGGUGCAUGCUUUGUGUUUGUCUUUGCUUUUAAGACUUGCUUUAUAUUCCAUAAAUGUCUUUGUAUAUUGUCUCCUAUCAUUAUCUACACCUUCAACAAGGAUGCCACAUUCAGAAUCAAUAUUCUGUACAAAAAAGGGACUUAAAUUAGAAUAAAGAAUACCACAUCAAGAGUUUACAUUAAAGAUUUAUGAUUUAAAAACUUUUUUGUAAAGAAGAAAACAACAACAAUGUUCAUGUAUUUUCUGAUUGAAUGUGGCCUUGUUCUUCAUUUCAGUAUUCAUGAGCUUGUGUUCAUGUUGGCAGACUUUGAGUGAGGAUGUCACUUCCUGCUCUUUCUUCAUUUCCUGUCCUUGGGAUGUUUCUUUGGUCCUCUGUUUGCCAAGUUAGACUUUGCUGUAUUCCAAGAUGCUUUUCCUUGUAUAAUAUAUGAGAAAAAAAAUUGAAAAGGAAAAAAAAACAUUUGGCUUAUUUUUCACUGUAGUUACCUUAGUCUUUUAUACAAUAAUACUGUAAGAAUAUUUCUUGAAUUCUAAAUAUUACUCUUUCUAGAUUUUUGAAAGCAAAGGUUUUGAGUAAAAAGUUUCUUACUUUAUUUUACUAUAUUAGAUAGUAAAACGUAGGGUUAUUUACAAUAGCCUGUCCAUUAUUACAAGACAUCUACAAAUGGCAUCUUAAGAACUAGGCUCGUAGUCCUUCAAAAGACUUCGUACGAGCUCCAGAUUCCUAAAAAGGCGACCAUCAUCUUGUUUUUCAGUCUCUCGGUGUUGAAUGCUAAAAGAUUUGUUCUUGUGUCAAAUGAAAAGGUAUUGUCGACGCACAUAAAAAAAACUGCGGCAACGAGAAUUUGAAUUUUCUGUCCUUUUCAAAAGAAAAACAAUGUAAAUAACAUUUAUGUUGAAAUAAAUGUGCCAUCUUUU